ACAAUACAAAAUUACCCUAUCAAAGAGGAAGUACAAAAUUGCUACAUUUGAAUGUUAAUGAGGGGUAAAAUUAAAAAAAUUGUAUAAUUUUUUUUGCUAAUGUCAGGAAUUUUCAUUUGGACAGAAAGAGGGUUGGAUGUAAACGGUAAAUUUUUAGAGGGGAUUUAAGAAUAACUUUAAAGUUUUUUUUUGAGGAAAAGUAUAAUUUCGUACUUUAAGAGGGAGAUAUAGAUGUAAUUAACUCUAUUUUAAAAGUAGUAUUUGAUGUGAAUGAAGAGUGUUAUCCCACUAUUAAUAAAAUUAGAAAAGAAUAAUAUAUUUUAGUGCCGUUGCACCUAAUACACAUCUUCUUUGGAUUAAUAAUCAGAAUUGACCAACUUUUCAUUGUCUUAAUCUAACAAAUCAUUAAUAUAUACUUAGGAUUUUUCGACACUGCCAUCAGUCAUUAUAAAAAAUUUCAACAAUGUUCGGCUCCAACACUAUAGUUGACCUAGUCUUCUAAUGCAAAAAUACCUGAACUCUUACGUACUUAAAUGGAGCGUCUCUAACAGAACAUGGCCGUUCAGUUUGAAAAUCAAGAUCCCUUUAUUCAAUUCGAUCAGCCUUGUACAAAAUCUCAACAUGGACGACUACAACUAUGUCAAGAACCUCGUACUCAUGCUGCUUCUGUUUCUGAUAAUCAGUGGUCCUUCAGGCAAAGCGGAAUCAGGUGAAGAGAAAGACAUGUUUAGGUACCAGGGUAUGAACGAAAAGCAGCUCGUCGGGGCAGACGAAUGGAUGGAGCCUAGAAGAGUAAAGCCACCUUCACCACCGCCGCCUCUGAAUAGACUCCCAACUCGAUACUAUGGACAAGCAUCUCUAUCGCCACCUCCUCCAAGUUAUGCUUAGUACUACUACAGAGGAAAUAUUUUCCAUAUCACAAGAAGGGCGUUUGGACUUUUUCCCAAAUUUAAGGCAUCCUCGUAAAACAUGACAUACAAAAUUCACUAUCUUUUGUAAUAUGCUAUCCGUCGCCACAUGCUGCCCCCUGUAAGUAUAAUAUUUUAAGUUUAAGUUUAAAUAAAAAAAAUCUUUUAAUUAUAAAUGAAUUGGCAAUUGAAUUUCCGUGCCUUCAAUUGAUAUUUAACAUGAUUUUCUACAAUUAAAUAAAAAAGACAUGAUUUCUACGAUCCAAUAAUGAAUUGUAAUAGACAUAUACUAUUGAAAUGAUUAUCGUAAAUUAAUUUGGUAUCUAUUAUUGAAAUGAUUAUCGUAAUUGGUUUGGUAUCUAUAUAUAUUGAUUUAUGUUUUCCUAUUUUUUUAAUUAUGAAAUAUUUGCAGAAAAUAUUAACCCAUAAGGAUUCAGUCAUAUGUACACAAAUUAAAAAAAAUUACAUACGAGUCUUUUUCCCCAAAAAGCAAUAUGAAAAGGAAAAAAAAAAUACGGGUAUUAAUCAAUAAAUCAUCGAUUACUGAAUUAGGUUAUUACAGUGCUUGUUACAAUCGUACAUUAAUAAUCUAAGAUGCGUAUGAGUAUGUGUAGGGUCUCUUAUCGAUUGAGUAGGGUAUGAGUAUACGUAUGAAGGUUAUUUUUUGGAUAUGAGUAGGGUAAUAUCCUACCUAUUGACAAGCCUAUUUGAAAUCAUGCUAUGUUUUUUAUUUUUGUUGACAUAUAUACAUUAUAUGUGUAAAAUAUUUUUCUAAAUAAAAUAAAUAACAUAAUAUAUUAAUUGGAAUGACGUGAAUCGAAAUAAAAAAUUCAAUGUGUGGAGACAUAGUCAUGUAGCAGCCUGACCUGCUCCGUCGACCAUUAUCGUUUUCUCAGCCGGCUGAGGUGAAAUUCUUUCCUUUUCAAAAAUUGAGCUGAUUGAUUAAUCAUCACAUACACAAAAUUAAGAGAAAUAUGGUUUACUUGUUUAUCAAAACUGUACCUGUCGCGAUUUGACUCAUUGGUAUAAGAUAAGAAUGUCAGGUUGCACAAAAUCUGAAACACUACUGCGCAAUUGCAAAUUAUUAGAAAAAUUACAGCAGGUAGUUUGCCUGGAUUCACCUGCCUGUUCAGAUUCCGACAGGAAAAUGUGGCCCCUAGGCCUGUGUUGUGAACAUCGACAAACUUUUGUUACUAUGAUAACUUUCAACUCUGAACCAUACGAGGAAGGCCUAGUUAUCAGCAAUAGAAUAUAAACCUCUACAUAACUUGUAUAUAUAACUCACAAUUUGUCCAAUCAUUACCAUAAAAACGAAGAGGAUUUGAGACGGAACAAAGUAACAAACAUGUAAUGACAAAGGGAAGAGGCCAUCACCAGUAUUUCUUGCACUCCUUUAUUGUGAUUUCUUCCCUUUUCACAAUGCUCAUUACAUUCGAAGACUUUGAUGGCUUGCAAGAAUUGUAAUCCUCUUUUCUUUCUCCUUGUACAAAUCUUGUUCAUGACAACUUCUGCUGAGAAACACAUGCACCCUUUCACUUGUUCAGACAAGAUCCAGUCGUGUAGUGCUCUUCUAUACCAGCACAACGGUUUCCAGAGAAAUGAAAUUGCCUCCUUGUACUCUGUCAACGCGUCGGAAAUUAAGCCUGCCUCGUAUGCUAACAAACAAGAUUACCUCGUACCGGUGAACUGUUCUUGCAAGAAUGUUAACGGCACGGUUGGAUACUUCUAUGAUGUGGUUUACAAGCCGAAGCCUAAUGACACGUUUUAUGAUGUAACGAAUCAGAACUUCAGCGGGCAGGUGUGGGGUGUGGGAAUAGAUACGAAUCUCACUGCUGGAGUAGAGACAACCCUGCAUCUCUUAUGUGGCUGUGUGGAUGAUGACUCCCAAGUAGUCGUGACUUAUACAGUUCAGCCGCAUGAUACUGUCUCCACUAUUGCAACUCUACUCUCUGCUGAAGUUGAUGGAAUUGAGAAUUUGAAUCCGUAUUUGGCUCCAAACCCGUCUUAUAUUGAUGUCGGGUGGCUCUUGUAUGUGCCUAUGGAGAAGUAUGGACUUCCUGCUCCAAAGAAAGAAAAGGCACACAAAUGGAUGAUAAUCGUUAGCUUACUGGCAUCCGUGACGUUACUUUGUAUGUGCACCCUAGGCAUAAUUCUUCUCAGGAGAAAGAGAAUACAACGGCUGAAAGAGGAAGAUCCAAAAGCUUUUGCAAAGAACUUGAGUAGCAAAGCUCAGUCCUUGCAGAAACAGUACACUCAUAAAGACAACAUGGAAGAGAUCACAGGCUUUGAGUCGGAGAAACCAACAUUGUACAGUAUUGAAGAGAUUGCAGAGGCCACAAACGACUUUGAUGAAACUAGGAAAAUCGGACAGGGGGGUUAUGGAAGUGUGUACUAUGGGAUAAUAGGAGAGAAGGAAGUUGCAAUCAAGAAAAUGAGAUCUAACAAGUCCAAGGAGUUUCUUGCUGAGCUCAAGGUCUUAUGUAAGAUCCAUCACAUCAAUGUGGUGGAGCUGUUGGGCUAUGCCAGCGGAGACGACCACCUCUACUUGGUCUAUGAGUAUGUCCCAAAUGGUUCUCUCAGCGACCAUCUUCACGAUCCGUUAUUGAAAGGUCACCAGCCUCUGUCUUGGAAUGCAAGAACACAGGUUGCACUUGAUGCUGCGAGGGGUAUCGAGUACAUACAUGAUCACACAAAAGCUCGAUAUGUCCACCGUGAUAUAAAAACAACAAACAUCCUUCUUGAUGAAGGGCUCAGAGCAAAGGUCGCAGAUUUCGGAUUGGCAAAGCUUGUUGGUAGAACCAAUGAAGAUGAGCUAAUAGCAACUCGGCUGGUUGGAACCCCUGGAUAUCUUCCUCCUGAGUCUGUUAAAGAGCUGCAGGUGACUAUUAAGACCGACGUUUUUGCUUUUGGGGUAGUUCUUGCAGAGCUAAUAACCGGCCAACGUGCGCUCACCCGCGACAACCAGGAGCCAAGUAAAAUGAGAUCACUCAUCACAGUAUUAAACAGCAUCUUCAAGGAAGAAGAUCCAGCGUCUGCAUUGGAACUCAUUAUAGAUGGAAAUUUGAAAGGCAACUAUCCUCCAGAAGAUGUAUACAAGAUGGCUGAGAUUGCAGAAUGGUGUCUAAGCGAAGAGGCGAUAGACAGGCCAGAGAUGCGUGAGGUGGUCGUUGCGCUGUCAAGAAUCAGAAUAUCGACAAUUGAGUGGGAAGCAUCACUGGGAGGGAGCAGCCAGGUCUUCAGUGGAGUUUUCAGUGGCAGAUGAAGGACUCAAGUUAUCUUUGCUUGUUUUUUUUCUAGUUUAAUGAUCUCUAGACAUAGAAAAAACAGAGAGUCAUCUAACAAAUCUGCAUCUUCAUAUGCAAUGUGUAACAUUACAUUUUCUUCUCUUC